AUGAGUGCUUUUAAGGGAACUCCUACAUGGAAGGCAGCUGUGGAGCAGCGCUUUGAACAGACUGAUGCUGUGAUUUGUGCCGAGAUCGAUCGAGUUAUUGUCGUGCUAUCUUCGCGACUAAAACCUCAAAUGAAAAAGCAUGUGUUUCAUCUGGCAUGGAGUCCAUCUGCGCAUACAGUCGAGGAUUCCUUAAAACCACUCACUGACAUGAUUGAUAUCGAGCUCUCAGCUGUACAUAAGAAUCUCCUACACAAGAAUUUUCUGCGGGUAAUGUCGGUUCAAGUGGGAAUUAUCGUGCAUCUACUAAAAGAAUGUGUAGACGAAAACCCUGGAAUGGAACCGGCGUUCUACCAUCGCCUGUUCGAAGCGUGGCAUGUACUCGUCGACUUUUUCCAUGCAUGUGGUAAGGGGCUUUCGAUGGAGGCCUUGGAGGCAUGUCCACAACAUGUGGCUUUGGUUAAAGUACUGUCGCUAAAUCAGACAACAACUCAGCAACUUAUUGAAAAAUAUUAUAAAAAUCUGCUUAAACAACAAAACGAUGUAAGCGAAUGCAAAUACGGUAUUCUAAAUGUGCGGGCUUACUAUAACGCAAACUCACAGACCCUCGUACUGGACGUGAUCGGUGCGAAGCAAGUGAUUCCUUUAGAUGCUAACGGCCUUUCGGAUCCCUUUGUUGUGAUCCGACUUGUUCCCAAGUAUCGAUUUCCGACACAAGUUGUUAGUAAGACGCGCGUUGUCAGCAAAACUCUGAACCCGAUCUUCGACGAAACAUUCGAAUUGUGA